UGUGGAUUGACAGACUGAUUCCCUUUGAAGUGAAUGGAGUGAUUCCUGCCCCUCUGGGAUGUCAUAGGUGAUGCCCAGCUCUACUGCGAUGGCCAUUGGGGCUCUUUCUAGUUCCCUGCUUGUGACCUGCUGCCUGAUGGUUGCUCUCUGUAGUGCCACUGCCCCUUUUCAAAAACUGGCCAAGGCUCAAGACAAGCAAGAGAUAAAAACAAGCCAAGAAAAGAGGGACCACGCAUCAGCCCGGGAGAACCAGAACCAGACGGGACCAGGAAAAACAAAUGAAAUUGGCAGGAAUGGUAGAGAGGAGGGUAUGAGAGACUGGAAGAACAAAGGCAGCAGAAAUUUUUCUAAUAAGGAAUCUUGGACUAAGCAAAAACAAGCUGUGAGUAGCCAGGCAACCAGUGUUAAGUUUGGGAGCCUCCAAGCCCGAGUACAGAUGGAUGGUGUUCAAGAGGAGCUUCCUGUUGUGGAAGAGUCCUCCCUUUUGGAUGUUGUUGCUAGUACUACCCCUGAACCUCCAGAGGAGUAUGCUUAUCCGGACUACCGUGGGAAAGGCUGUGUGGACGAGAGUGGCUUUGUAUAUGCAAUUGGGGAGAAGUUUACACCAGGUCCCUCUGCUUGCCCUUGCCUUUGCACGGAAGAGGGCCCACUGUGCAUUCAACCUGAGUGUCCUAGACUCCACCCUCGAUGUAUCCAUGUAGACACUAGUCAGUGUUGCCCGCAGUGCAAGGAAAGGAAGAACUACUGUGAGUUCCGGGGGAAAACCUAUCAGACCCUGGAAGAAUUCAUGGUUUCACCGUGUGAGAAAUGCCGCUGUGAAGCCAAUGGGGAAGUGGUGUGCACCGUGUCCGCUUGUCCUCAGACUGACUGUGUGGACCCUGAAUACGAACCAGAUCAAUGCUGCCCCAUCUGCAAAAACGGCCCCAACUGCUUUGCAGAAACCACAGUCAUCCCUGCGGGCAGAGAGGUGAAGACGGACGAAUGCACAAUAUGCCACUGCACUUAUGAAGAGGUCACUUGGCGAAUUGAACGACAAGCAAUGUGUACCAGGCAUGAAUGCAAGCAAAUCUAGAACUACGAAUCCAAU